AUGACCGAACUCUGCCCCGUCUACGCGCCCUUCUUUGGAGCUCUCGGCUGCACAAGCGCCAUCGUCUUCACUUGCUUUGGUGCUAGUUAUGGAACCGCAAAGUCGGGUGUUGGUGUCUCUGCCAUGGCCGUCUUGCGACCAGAUUUGAUGAUGAAGUGCUGUAUCCCCGUCGUCAUGGCUGGUAUCAUUGGUAUCUACGGCUUGGUCGUAUCGGUCUUGAUUGCCAAUACCCUGUCGAUGCACAUGACUCUCUUCCAAGGUGUUGUACAACUCGGUGCAGGUUUGGCCGUCGGUCUUGCUGGUCUUGCCGCCGGAUUCGCCAUUGGUAUCGUCGGUGAUGCUGGUGUAAGGGGAACAGCACAACAGCCACGAUUGUUCGUCGGAAUGAUUCUCAUUCUCAUCUUUGCCGAAGUCUUGGGUCUUUACGGACUCAUUGUUGCGCUCAUCAUGUCGUCUGCCACCGGCAGUGCCAGCUGCUCCUAA